GCAGAUACUUAAUAUUCCAGGGUCUGUAUGCGGUGGAUCUAUCCUGAGCUUUAUUGAUAUUUAUGAAUAAUCAUGGCUGCUACUACUUCUGCCUCGGCAUCAGAACCUCCUGGACUGGAGACCCAGCGCCGAGAGAUCGAGAACAUUGUGCAGAAUCAUGAACUCCGAGCGGGGGAUAGUUGGUAUUUGGUGGAGAGAAGGUGGUUUGAACAGUGGAAAGAGUAUGUUAAGACCGGAGAUCAGAACUCCUCUUCAUUCCCUGGUCAGAUUGACAACACAGAACUCUUUGAGGAUUUAGACUCGUACCAUCUGAAGGAGCGUCUGGUGGAGAAUGAGGACUUUGUGUUGAUCCCGGCUGAGGCUUGGCGCAAAUUGCUGGCCUGGUAUGGCUUGGUGGAUGAUCAACCCGCCUUAGAGCGAAAGGUUGUGGACCUCCCCAGCACUGUGAAAGUGGAAGUGUAUCCUGUGGAGAUCUUCCUCUGUCUACACAGCAACAUGGACAAUGUCGUGACCGCGCAGUUCAGCAGAGUGGACACCAUACAGACCAUCGAGAAGGUGAUGAGGAGGCAGUUUGAGGUGGGUGAGAGUGCGGAGACGCGGCUCUGGAUGAAGAGCUCCGACACCAGCUGCGAGCGCCUGAGGAAUGUCUACGUCUCUGUGCUGGACUCCUGCCUCAGCUCCGGCAUGACAGUGAUCAUGGAGAUGAGAAAUGCGGAUGGGACCUGGCCCAGCUCGAGGCCCCAGAUCAUGAGGAACUCUGUGGAGGAGCAGGACUCGUACAGAGGACAGCCGGGGGUGUGCGGCCUCACCAACCUGGGCAACACCUGCUUCAUGAACUCAGCCCUGCAGUGUCUUAGCAAUACGCCACAGCUGACGGAGUACUUCCUGCGGAACGCCUACCUGGAGGAGCUGAACUUCACCAACCCGCUGGGCAUGAAGGGGGAGAUCGCAGAGGCCUACGCCGACGUCAUCAAGCAGAUCUGGUCGGGCAGGCACUACUCUGUGGUGCCGCGCGUCUUCAAGACGAAGGUGGGCCACUUUGCCUCCCAGUUCCUGGGCUACCAGCAGCAUGACUCCCAGGAGCUGCUCUCCUUCCUGCUGGACGGCCUGCAUGAGGACCUCAACCGCGUCAAGAACAAGGAGUACAUCGAGCUGCGUGAUGCCGAGGGCAGGCCAGACCAGGAAGUCGCAGAGGAAGCCUGGCGCAACCAUCGGCGACGGAACGACUCGGUGAUAGUGGACACGUUCCACGGCCUGUUCAAGUCCACGCUGGUGUGCCCAGAGUGCCACAAGGUGUCGGUGACCUUUGACCCCUUCUGCUACCUGAGUGUCCCCUUGCCCGUCAGCAAGGAGCGGGUGAUGGAGGUGUUCUUCGUGUCACUCGACCCCAGGGCCGAGCCUGUCCAGCUGAGAGUGGUGGUGCCCAAAGCCGGUAAGGUGAUUGACCUGUGCAUUGCCCUAUCACAGGCAACAGAUGUGCCAGCCAAUCAGAUGGUGGUGGCAGAUGUGUUUAAUCACCGCUUCUAUAAGAUCUACCACUCCGACGAGUCCCUUAGCUGCAUCCUCGACCGAGACGACAUAUUCGUGUAUGAGUUGAGCAGCGGAGCUGUGGAGGAGGACGGGGAGGAGGUGGUGCUGGCUGUCUACCUGCGGGAGAGACCCCACUGCCGCGACUACGGCUCAGGCGGAGGCUACGGCACAACCCUGUUCGGCCACCCGCUCCUCAUGGCCGUGCACCGCGACCAAUGCACGCGUGACGCCCUCUACCAGCUCUUCCUGCAGCGCCUGGCGCGCUACGUUCGUCCCCCUGACACAUCAGAGGAAGUAGCGGAAGAGGAGGCGGACGAUGAAGGUGGAGAGGAAGAGGAUGAGGAGGAGGAAGAGUUGUACCGGACCCAGACCAACGGAAUAAGCAAUGAUGACGUUGAUAAUGACGGUGAGAAGGCGGGACCUUCCAAGAGAGCCAGCGGUGGUGCGGAGGGAGACGCAGGCCCCUCUGAUAGGUCGGCGCCAUCCGGCGGUCAGCUCGACGGACAGAACAACGGCCAAUCGAACGAGCCCAGCGAGGAGGACGGGGGCAGCGACCCCGAGAGGGGCGGCAGCAGUUCCGAGGAGGGCCAGUCGGCCUGCAGCAGCAGCGGCGCCGACACCAUCACCCAAUCAGACGUGAGCACGGCCACCGCCGAGGCUUCAGGGACGGCAGAGGAGCAGGAGAACGAGGAGCAGGAGGAUGGCAAGGCGAAGCAAGGGGGUGACGAUUCGGCCAUGAUGGGCGUGUCAUCGGGGAAGCGGGCGACGGGUAAUGGUGGAGGGAGAAACGGGCAGAGCAGGAAGAAGAGGAGACCGCUCUUCACCAUCCAGGCGGUCAACUCCAACGGCACCACGGAGAGGGGCAUGGGCGAGGGUGGCACCGCCUUCUCCUUCAGCUCGCAACCCUAUGUGGCCAUAGACUGGGACCCCGACAUGAAGAAGAAGUACUAUGAUGACAACGAGGCAGAGAAGUUUGAAAAGCAUCCCAGCAUGGAGGUGCCCCACCAGCAGACCACAGUGCAGCUGCAGGAGUGCAUCGAACUCUUCACCACCGUGGAAACACUGGAGGAGGAGAAUCCAUGGUACUGUCCAGUGUGUAAGAAGCAUCAGCUGGCUACUAAGAAGCUGGACCUGUGGUCUCUGCCUGAGGUGCUCAUCAUCCACCUCAAGCGCUUCUCCUACACCAAGUACUCGCGCGAGAAGCUCGACACCAUCGUCGAGUUCCACUUACGAGAUUUGGACUUCUCCCGCUACCUCUUGCGGAAGACGGGUGUGAACGGGGAGCCACCCAGCCGCUAUGACCUCAUGGCUGUGUCCAACCACUAUGGUGGCCUGCGUGACGGACACUAUACAAGUUAUGCCCGCAACAAAGACAACGGACAGUGGUAUUACUUUGAUGACAGCAAGGUGACCUACGCAAGGGAAGAUCAAAUUGUGACCAAUGCUGCCUACGUUCUCUUCUACCAGCGCCAAGACAAGAUCCGCAAGCCCACCCUGCCUGCCCCCACGGACGGCUGCGUUGCCUCGGUGAAGUCCGCUAAUGCUAACGCUAAUGACUUCACUUCCUCUAACCACGACGGCCUGGCUGCUUCUGCUGCUGCUUCCUGUGUCAACAUGGAAACGGACUGAAAGAUCUUUCUCUCUCUCUUUUCUUUUUAUUCCCUCUUUUCCUUUGAUCGAUUUAAGUUUCCCUUCCCAUCCUCUUCUGCGUGGGUGUCUUGGGAUUUUUCUUCCCUUUCCUGUCUUUUUGUUGUUUUGUUUUGUUAUGGCUUUCAUUGUUCUUUUUUUUUUCAAAAAAAAAAAAACUUGAACCUUCUACCUCUUUUUCAAACAUGAAAGCGGAGGCAGAGGCUAAAAUCUCAGGCUGUGGGGAGAAAGGGGGAUGUUGAGGUGAGGGUGGGAGGUAAGGAGGGAGGGAGGGAGGGAGAGAGGGAUGAGUGGAUGGAGGGGAAGGAAGUGGUUUAGGUGGAGUGACUGAGCGGGAUGAGGAGGAUGAAAUGAGGAGGAUGCGAUACGUGCACGACAACUUCUCUUGCUGAGCCAGGACUAGUGGAGCAGGUCUAGCCAUAGACAUGUAGAGAUGUAUAGAAAUUGCUAUGGGUGCAUUCGUAAAUUCUAUCGACACCCUGAAAAGACAGUACCACAUACGAUUCAGGAAAGAAAAAGCAUUCCACUUGAACGAGAGUUCAGAAUUGGCAAACGGUGUAAAGUCAGAGGUUUUAAUGUUGUGUCGUCUGAGCACUCAGAGUGGCAGUUCACAAAUGCACCCAAUGGAUCUAACAGCCACAGGCAGACC